CCUUCUUCUGACCCCCUCAAUCAUCACCAUCCGCUUGUCCCUCCCACCACCACCAACCAAAACCCCCAACGGCCGAGGCCGUUGCGCCGCCCGCCCGCCCCCGCCGUCGCCGGCGACUUGGCGGCAGCGAUGGCGUUCCACUACCCCGACCACGGGCUGUCCAUGGAUGCCGCGGCGGCGGCGGCCGCGACGUCGCCGAACCCUAGCAGCAGCUUCUCCCCCGGUGGCUGGGAGAGGGAGAAGGCGGCCGUCGCGGCUCACCCGCUCUACGAGCGCUUGCUGGAGGCGCACGUCGCCUGCCUCCGUGUCGCCACCCCCGUCGACCAGCUCCCCCGCAUCGACGCGCAGAUCGCCGCCCGCCCCCCGCCCCUCGCCGCCGCCGCUGGGGUCGCGGCCGCAGGCGGGCCCUCAGGCGGCGAGGAGCUCGACUUCUUCAUGACGCAUUAUGUGUUGCUCCUUUGUUCAUUCAAGGAGCAACUCCAGCAGCAUGUACGUGUUCAUGCCAUGGAAGCAGUGAUGGGUUGCUGGGAGCUUGAACAAUCUUUACAAAGCCUAACAGGGGCAUCUCCUGGUGAAGGCACCGGAGCGGCCAUGUCUGAUGAUGAAGAUAACCAGGUGGAUAGUGAGGCCAACAUAUUUGAUGGAAACGAUGGGUCAGAUGCUAUGGGCUUUGGCCCCUUUAUACUGACAGAGGGUGAACGAUCCUUGGUUGAGCGUGUACGGCAGGAGCUGAAGAAUGAGCUUAAGCAGGGGUACAAAGAAAAGCUUGUUGAUAUUAGGGAAGAGAUUCUUCGCAAGCGCAGAGCUGGUAAACUUCCUGGGGAUACUGCAUCUAUAUUGAAAGCUUGGUGGCAAGCUCAUUCCAAGUGGCCAUACCCAACUGAAGACGACAAGGCCCGACUGGUGCAGGAAACGGGGUUACAGCUAAAGCAGAUCAACAACUGGUUCAUUAACCAACGCAAACGGAACUGGCACAGCAACCCAACAUCCUCCGGUGAAAAGACCAAGAAGAAAAGGUAAUGAUGGCCUGAGCAAUCUUGACGAAGCUAGAUGUAAACUAUAUUGUGAGCAGUGCAGUUCAUUCUCCCGCACUCUGUAGCCAACAAGAUCUGAAGACCGACCUGUUCAGAGGGAAAUUUCUAAAAGGAUGCAUUUUGGCGACUUAGCGGUCACCUAAUGUCCUAGUUUGACCACGUGGAACUGAAAGUUAGUAAUGACUUUCACAGUGUAGCAUUUUGCGAAUGUGAUUUGUGAAUCAUAUGUUGUACAACCGUCGACUAAAGGGUGUAAUUUAUGCUAUAUGUAAUUGCUUGUUCCACUGUGUAAUGAUAUUUUAGGAAGAAUUUGAGAUUAGGUUUGGGAGUUAACAGUCUUACCUGUGUAAAGCGUGUUGGGUAAUCAUCGUGUUCAAAAUGCACCUGAAGGCUUUGUGAUGGAUC